AUGUCGGCGAGAAUGGCCGCGCGCAUCACAAACACGGCCGCCCUCCGUGUCCCGCUCCGGCGCUCCGCAUUCUCCACCGCCACCGCGCGACGAGCCGGACCGGCGAAGAACGCCAACAAUAACAACAACAAGCCGGACGACAUUGAGAUCCCGGCGUUCAACAUCAAACACAUCACUUCGAGUCGGAGGGCCAGGUUCUGGUUGAUUUCGUUGUUCUGGGUAUUUGCCUCGAUCGAGGGGUAUGGGUGGUAUAACUUUGGUCCGAAGAUCUUGGGCUGGGAGAAGGAGAAGGAGAAGCGGGAGGAGUAG